CGGUCUUUCGCGUACGCAAAUUCACUAGCUCCUCACCGACCGCAACAGCAGCUGGAGAAGCUAACCACUUCGUUGAACGAGUAUCCGUGGAAAAAUCUUUGUGAAAGUGUAAACAGACGAGAUAACAGCUGAAUUAAACGGUUCUGAAGCGUUGUUACUUUGUCAACUGAAUAACUGAAACAGUCGUCGCUUUUCGUCGGUACCGAGGAUAAUACAAAACUUCCCAAAGAGGAAUUCUUCAUUCAGGAUGUCGGAGUGAAACAAAGAGGUCUGGGGGCAUUCCUGUCAGAUAGGGGUUGAACUUCAUCCUUGUGGCCUUCUCUGAAUGGGAAAGAUGGAAAGGGAGUUACAAUGGUGGAAAGGACAGCUAGCAGGGGAUAUCCAUCAGUCCCUUCGCAUCAAGGAGUUGAAGCUGCCUGUGUACCGGGCCCACUCCCCUCAGAUAGGGAUGCGUCGGUACUUUGCGGACCUGCUGGCCAUACUGUCGAACCGCUACCAGCUGUGUCCUACAGCCAGACACCUCUCUGUCUACCUACUGGACCUGUUCAUGGACCACUACGAUGUAGCCGUCAAACAGCUCUACGUCAUCGCUCUGUCCUGCCUGCUCCUCGCCAGUAAGUACCAUGUGUGUUUACAGAAUAAAGGCUCUGCCAGUUUCCUGCAGCUGACAGUGGAAUUACACAGCAAGUUAAUGAUGUUCCAACAACUGUCAUGA